AUGGAAGCCUGGCAAAAGCUUGUCCGAAGUUCAUCAUGCCUUAUGACGAUGUCCUACAUUCCAUAUGGAGACAGUCCUGAGGUUUUUCAGAGGACUGUAUUCACGUCUACAGCAAUCAAGCAGUCGUCAAGAGAUCUGUGGAAUAUGUACGGUAUCGGCGGGAUGUCUCUCGGCCUCGCAAGACGUCUAAGCCUGUGCAAUGAUCGUGAAACCACCAUGACCUAUCAGAGAAUUGUGAGGAUAGUGAUGAUUACGAUAAUAUGGAGGAUGCUGAUGAUGAUGAAGAUGAUGAUGUCCGACGAUGAGAAUGAGGAAGACGAUGAUGAUGAUGAUGAUGUGAUGGAGGGGAUGAUGAAAGAGAUGAAGAUGGAGGAGAUGAAGAUGAUGGAGGAGGAGGAGGAGGAGGAUGAUGAUGAUGAUGAUGAAGGGAAUGAUGAUGGAGAACAUUAUGAUGGAGAUGACGACGAAGACGACGACGACGAUAAACGAGAUGACGAUGAUGGAGAAUGA